GCAGCUUCGAUCCCAGACUACAGAGGCCCCAAUGGCAUUUGGACCCUGCUGCAGAAGGGCAGGACCAUCAGGGCUGCAGACCUGAGUGAGGCAGAGCCCACACUCACUCAUAUGAGCAUUGCCUGUCUGCACAAGCACAACCUGGUGCAGCACGUGGUGUCUCAGAACUGUGACGGGCUGCACCUGCGGAGCGGGCUGCCCCGAGCUGCAAUAUCUGAGCUGCACGGGAACAUGUACAUAGAGGUCUGCACGUCCUGCACACCCAACAGAGAGUACGUGCGAGUGUUUGAUGUGACGGAGCGCACGGCCCUGCACAGGCACCACACGGGCAGGAUGUGCCACAAGUGUGGGGCACAGUUGAGAGAUACAAUCGUCCACUUUGGGGAGAAGGGGACAUUGAGACAGCCCCUGAACUGGGAAGCAGCAACAGAAGCUGCGAGCAAAGCAGAUGUGAUUCUUUGUCUGGGUUCCAGCUUAAAGACAACUGUAAACUCUGGUGUCAGGAUUCGCCCAACAUCUGUGAUAGUCUCUCUUCCUCCCUCUUUCCCCUCCUGGUUUUGAAAAAAUACCCACGGCUGUGGUGCAUGAGCAAGCCCCCCACACGGCGGCCCAAGCUGUAUAUUGUGAACCUGCAG